CAGAAUCAGAAGUUUGCAACAUAGCUUCCUUUAGCUUUAACUUUCUCUUUAUAUAAAUACCAUUGAAGAAAGAAAGAAGAAGAAGAAGAAGAAGUAAUCACUUUCAGACCAACCAAACAAACCUCUUCAGCCGCCAUUACAGUUGACAAUCCAACCUCAAAACCUCUCACUCUCACUCACACUCACUGGUUAUAUUAUUUAUUUAUUAAUCGAUCGUUUCAUUUUCCAUUUUGGAGCUUUCUACUUGGAUCAUUUUGCAGAUCUAUAAUCAAAUACUUCAUUGAUUUGAUUUGUACUUUUCCUUUUGUUAUAAUUAUUCCGUAAAUCAUUGUUUGUUAAAGCACUUUUUGUCACUCUCCUGCUAAUUUUCUCGGGAAAAUCCAAACCACGAACCCUCAAAAAAAUUCUUUCCUUAUUUAAAAUGCUUCGAUUUGCGGGUUCGUUUUUGCUCUGUCUCUGUGCUGUGGCUCCGUUGUUGAGCUCUCUCUCGGCGGCGGAACUGGUAACGUGCUCUGGCAUAGUACCAAUGAGGUACCGAAACGAUAAGAUUUCGAUUACGGACUUUGGGGGUGUCGGUGAUGGACGAACGUUGAAUACAAAAGCGUUUCGUGAGGCAAUUUAUCGAAUUGAGCAUCUGAGAAGAAGAGGUGGUACGCUUCUUUACAUACCACCUGGGGUUUACUUAACAGGGAGCUUUAAUCUCACUAGCCGUAUGACUCUGUAUUUGGCCAGAGGAGCUGUUAUCAAAGCCACUCAGGAUACCUCAAGUUGGCCUCUAGUUGCCCCAUUGCCCUCUUAUGGAAGAGGGAGGGAGCUCCCUGGUGGAAGGUAUAUGAGCUUUAUUCAUGGAGAUGGACUCCAUGAUGUGAUUAUUACUGGUGAAAAUGGUACCAUUGAUGGCCAAGGAGACGUUUGGUGGAACAUGUGGAGACAAAGAACUUUGCAAUAUACAAGACCAAAUAUUAUUGAACUCUUGAAUUCUAAAAACAUUAUUAUAUCAAACGUCAUCUUGCGAAACUCUCCCUUCUGGAACAUUCACCCUGUUUAUUCCAGCAAUAUUGUCGUGCGCUAUGUUACAAUAUUAGCUCCACGUGACUCUCCCAACACUGAUGGAAUUGAUCCAGAUUCUAGCUCUAACGUCUGCAUAGAGGAUUCGUAUAUUUCCACCGGAGACGAUCUCGUGGCUAUAAAGAGUGGAUGGGAUCAAUACGGAAUAGCAUACGGCCGCCGCAGCUCAGACAUCACAAUCAGGAGAGUAACAGGCUCAUCCCCAUUUGCAGGAAUCGCGGUUGGAAGCGAAACCUCAGGCGGAGUAGAGAAUGUCUAUGCAGAACACAUAAACCUUUUCAACAUGGGAGUUGGAAUCCACGUAAAGACAAACAUAGGCAGAGGAGGGAUCAUAAGGAACUUAACAUUCUCUAAUGUCUAUAUGGAAAAUGCCCGAAAAGGAAUAAAGAUCUCCGGUGACGUUGGAGAUCAUCCGGACGAUAGAUUCAACCCGAAUGCACUUCCAAUUGUGAAAGGCAUUACCUUUAAUGAUGUUUGGGGAGUUGGGGUUAUGCAGGCAGGUCUAAUAAGAGGACUGAAGAACUCUCCGUUCACCGGAGUUUGUCUUUCGAAUGUUAACCUCCACGGCGUAGCCGGACCAAGAACACCGUCUUGGCAAUGCUCCGACGUGGUCGGAGCUUCACGGCUGGUGAGCCCUUCUCCGUGUUCUCAGCUCAUCAGUAGCCAACAAAGAGGUUCUUGUUCUAAUUACUAAACAUAUCUCUUUGAUGUAAUAAUAAUUUAAUUAGUGCUUAUUAAUUAUAUAUACAUAUUAAAUUUGUGUAUUUAUUUGUAUUUUGAAGAAAAUUCACUUCUAAAAACUCCAAUUUAUUCA